AUGGACGAAGGUCGAGAAGUCAUCGAGCAAGAUAACGAUGAAGGCCGAGAAGUGACCGAAGAAGAUAACAAUGAAGGUCUCGAAUUGACCGAGGAAGAUACGGACGAAGGUCUAGAAAUUAUGGAAGAAGAUAAGGACGAAGGUCUAGAAGUGACAGAGGAAGAUAAGGACGAAGGUCGAGAACUAGAAGAUAAGGAUGAAGGUUGAGAAGUGACAGAAGAAGAUAAGGACGAAGGUCGAGAAGUUAUUGAAGAAGAUAAGGGUGAAGGUUGAGAAGUCACCGAGGAAGAUAACGAUGAAGGCCGAGAAGUGACCGAAGAAGACAAUGACCAAGGUCUAGAAGUGACCGAGGAAGAUAAGGACAAAGGUUGAGAAGUGACAGAAGAAGAUAAGGACAAAGGUCCAGAAUUUAUUGAAGAAGAUAAGGAUGAAGGUCCAGAAGUGGACAUAGAUGAAGAUAUAGACGUAACAGGGAAUAGGGAAGUGGCAAAAGGAAUAGGAGUAACAGGGGAAGGAAUAGAUACGACAGGGGACAUAGAUUGUGAUGGAGGUUCUUCUUUACCUAGAGUAGGCCUUUUAGGGUCUGAUUUUUUGUUCUCUAUAAAAGACAAAUGAAUUCCAGAAUAAGAAGCUUCUAACAAGACUAACAUACUUCUUAUUUUUGAGCGCUAACUACAGGUACGGGUUAUAUGAUUCUGUCCAAGACCCAUUUUCAGUUUAGUUGUUCAUUAUAUAUAGUUACUUAUGACAAUACAUUAACAUCAAAUAUACAUUUUAAUACAUCACAUAUUUUUAGGUCUUUGAAAAGGGUUUGUAAUAAACAUCAGGGCGAAGUAGCUCAAUGCUAAGGACUGUUUUAGUUCCCUCAAACAUUUCUAGCAAAUUGUAUGAAACUUAGGAUGUACCUACGCAAAAUCCCCACUGUGAUCACAGAAACUUUAACAACUCCAUAAACCUUCAAUUAUAUAAGCGCUAAAAGAAUGAUGGGAAACAGUCAGGGCUUGCAUAUUAACUUCAUUUGCAUUGUGAGUGCCGUUGAAAAUAUUUCCACAAGCCAAGUGAUAUGCUAAACUUAUUUAAAACUAUGAAGACUAUGAUUAUUCCCUUCAUUACUUUGGCGCUCAUAUAAUUGUACAUUUGACUACUCAUGCUGAAAAUUUUAAUGGAUUUUUUCAUAAUGACGUCAAAUGUGGGAUACAAGAUGUUACACUAAGUUUGAUUGGCUCGUCAGUAAUGAAACUUGUUGACGUCUUUAUGAAAAAUGUCUAUUCAUGGUCUAUUGAAAUAAUGCUGUAUUUAUCCUACCAAAAGGUAAUUUCUGAAAAAAAUGCCCAACAAAAAAAAUACAAACAACUUACCUCUGAUAUAUGAAGAAAAGACAUUAAAAACUGCUUUUCCAGUUGGGGAACUUGAUAGGUGCUCAUUAGCCCCAAUAAACUCUUCCCCCAGACCAGAAGUCCCAAAUCUCACAAAACUUGUGCCACGACUAUGUCCAUGACUGGCCAUCACUACAAUAUCCCAUCCACAAUGAAAAUUCAACACCUUUGCCUAAACAAUGAAAAUACAGCUAAGUACUGUUUAGUAGUUACAGUAUUUCAGAUACUAUCAGAUAAUGCAAAAUAUUAAUGAAAAUAAGGUUUUAGGGUUGUUGAUAUUAAUUACACACUCACUGUGGAGAUGUGACACUGAUAAUUCAUAUACUCAAGUGAUUUCAUUAAAUUAUUUCCAAACAUUAUCCAAACAAAUGAGUAUCCUAACUAAUUACCUCAACGAGCCAGUUUAUUUUAUAUAGGCAACCGCAUUGAAGAGUCAGGAUAUCCAAUGCAGGAGGAAAAGUAUUUCAUCUUAUUUUUUCUAGGGCACAUAAAUAUUUAUAUUGUAAACCUUAUUGGACAGUGAAACAAUUAAGACAUAUAAGUCCCAUGCGAGGCAUUCUAACUCUUUCACAAAUUAAUUAAAUUACAAAAUUACUAUUACUAUACUGCAACCAAAAUAAACAUAUGUAUGACAAUUGCUUGAAGCUCAGACACAUUUAAGCAUUUAAGCCUAUAUGUGAUUUACUCCCAAAAAUGGCAAAAUUUUAGUGUUUUACUUGAUAUCCAAAGGGGAGUGGAUCAAUAAUUUAUAUCUUAAAAAAAAACUAACUAUAUAUAUAUAAAUAUAUAUAUAUAUAUAUAUAUAUACAUAUAUAUAUAUAUAUAUAUAUAUAUAUAUAUAUAUAUAUAUAUAUAUAUAUAUAUAUAUAUAUAUAUCUAUAUAUAUAUAUAUAUAUAUAUAUAUAUAAGUUAAUCACCUGGCAAAAAGCCAUUUAAAUAAGUUAAUCACUAACACAUAUUUUUUGACGUUUCAACUUUAUUGUCUUCUUCCAAGUAAAAAUCGUUAACAUAAACCCCUACUUAUAUACCCUACCAGACGAACAUAAUUAUUCAUACUCCUCAGAAUCCUGUUCAAUGUUCAACCCCAUGUAUGAGCUUUGUUGGAAAGCAAUGUCCAACAAAGCUCAUACACAAGCCUUUUUUCAUUCGCAUUUCUUAGGUGAAAACCAUAAUGGCUUAAUGAAUGACUGUGAUAUAGUCAUAAUUGAUAAAACCAACCCAGCAGAACCAACGAUUAGGGAAAUGUACUGGAUUAAUAGACUUAUGACAAUGUACCCCUCGGGGUUGAACAUUGAACAGGAUUCUGAGGAGUAUGAAUAAUUAUGUUCGUCUGGUAGGGUAUAUAAGUAGGGGUUUAUGUUAACGAUUUUUACUUGGAAGAAGACAAUAAAGUCGAAACGUCAAUAUGUGUUUGUGAUUAACUUAUUUAAAUGGCUUUUUGCCAGGUGAUUAACUUAUAUAUAUAUAUAUAUAUAUAUAUAUAUAUAUAUAUAUAUAUAUAUAUAUAUAUAUAUAUAUAUAGUGUAUAUAUAUAUAUAUAUAUAUAUAUAUAUAUAUAUAUAUAUAUAUAUAUAUAUAUAUAUAUAUAUAUAUAUAUAUAUAUAUAGUUUAAGAUUUUGGUUUACGAAACACAAACAGUGCUCAAUACCAUAUAGAUAGAGCGUAAUAUAGUUUUUCGUUUUACCUCAAAAAACCACAACAGUCUGUUUCAUCCGUAUAGGAAUCAUCAGGUGACCUGAUGAUUCCUAUACGGAUGAAACAGACUGUUGUGGUUUCUUGAGGUAAAACGAAAAACUAUAUAUAUAUAUAUAUAUAUAUAUAUAUAUAUAUAUAUAUAUAUAUAUAUAUAUAUAUAUAUAUAUAUAUAUAUAUAUAUAUAUAUAUAUAUAUAUAUAUAUAUAUAUAUAUAAAAAUAACCACACUUCAUCUUUUCGUCAUAAAAAAGACUCAAACAAAACGGAACUUUCGAAACAUAUUUGGAAAUUAAAAGAAAACAAUCAGGAUUAUACCAUCAAAUGGUCAAUUUUAAAACACGCUAUUUCGUACACAGGGGGAUCAAAACGCUGCAUUUUAUGUUUGGAAGAAAAAUUUUGCAUUUUGAAAGACAUAAACAAAGACAAUUUACUCAAUAAAAGAAGCGAAAUUUUCGGCAAAUGUCGUCACAAAAAUCGGUUUCGAGUAAUAUAUAUAUAUAUAUAUAUAUAUAUAUAUAUAUAUAUAUAUAUAUAUAUAUAUAUAUAUAUAUAUAUAUAUAUAUAUAUAUAUAUAUAUAUACAGUACUGCCCAGAAAUAACCUAACAAAAACCGCAGUUAACCUCGGCCAAACACUAGGUCCAACCUCGGUCAAACCUAGGUUAGACCUCGGUCAAACCUAGGUUAGAUCUCGGAUUGACCUCGGUUUAACCUAGGUUAACCCGGGUUUGAGUGAGGUCUGACCGAGGUUUAAUCUAAGUUGGGUGAGGUUUGAACGCGUUUAAACAAAAAUCGCCGUCGACCAUUGCCGAGACAGCACCGCAAUUUGUUUGUCCCGUAAUCGGAAAUUAACUAUCGUUUCCCAAUUUUCGCAUCUAAGCGUCUUUCAAUUUUAAUUUUCCGAAGUUAUCAGACUAUUACAAAUUUCGAGACAAAUUUGAAUUUUAAAAUACCGACUCGAAAUUGUCCGCGUAUGCUCGAGAGAGAGAGAGAGAGUUAUUAAUUAACCUGUAUAUUUAGAAGGGGAAGCCAUAAAAGUUUUGAGAUUAGCGGCUACAACAACAGCACUUACCAUGGAGCUUCAAAACUAUAAACACGUUCGACUAUAGGGUCCAAUAUUCUAUUUACCCAAAAAUGUUGCUAAUUUUCGUAUUUUUAAACAAAUUUGUCCAAAACUGAAAAAAACAGAAAAAUUGGUGCUUAAAAACACCUUUUGUGCAAAAAAAAGAAUGCAAAUUUUCUUCUCUUGCUAAAACAACCAAAUUUACCAAACAUUUACAACACAUUUUAUAGACUGUUCUGAAAAGGAUCAAAUAAUGCAAAAGUAGCAUGACAGCAACUAGUGAAAAUAUGUUGGUUUAACCAAAGGCAUCUCUGAUCAAUUUAUAUUUGGAAACUAUAUCAAUGUUUCGAUUUAUCGACACCAUGUGAAUGUUUCAGUUUAUCGAGACCAUGUGAAAUGUGAAUGUUUCGAGUUAUCGAGACCAAGUCAAUGUUUCGAUUUAUCGAGACCAUGUGAAUGUUUCGAUUUAUCGAGACCAUGUGAAUAUUUCGAUUUAUCGAGACCAUGUCAAUGUUUCGAUUUAUCGAGACCAUGUCAAUGUUUCGAUUUAUCGAAACCAUCUUAGUGACAUCUAACAUAACCUAAAUCAACACAUUUUAGCAAAAAAUAAUAUUCUAUUCAAUUUAGCAUUAUACACAUACAUAAAUAGAAAAUAUAUAAAGCACAAUGUAUUUAGGUGAAAACUAUUAUGCUCAAUAUCAAAAUGAUACAUAUUUAAAUAAAUUCACAAAUAAACUAUUAAUAAGACUCAACCCCUUAAUGAAAUAUAACCUUAUACAGGCUGGGAUGGAUUUACUGGGGGGUGCACCCCCCCCCCUAGCCCUUGCCAGAGGGGGUGCAGAGGGGGUGCUAUUUUUUAUGAUAAAGCAAAAAAGACAAAAUGAGAUACAGUAAUUUGAGUAAUAACAUGAGGAUAAAUGAACUGUGAACAACAAUUACAAUUCAAAUACGGGAGUUGAUGGUCGGGUGGCACACAUGACCGACACAACUCGGCAGUCGGCACGAGAGCACCCCCCCCCCCUACCAGAUCAUGCUGGAUCCAUCCCUGACCUUAUAUGCUGUUAGAUAGAGUAAUAUAAUGAAAGGGCAGUAGGCAAGUAGGGCACAUUGAAGUUUUGUACUGUAAUGCUCCUCAAAAUGUAAGACAGUAAAGCUGGAUGAAUGUAAAAUAUCACAUUUAUUACCAUUUAGACUGCAAAUGGUAAUGUAAAUUAGCUGUGCCGAGCUCUGCACUUAUUACAUUACUCUGUCCAGUACAAGGUGACUUUACAGUGUUCUUUUUUUAUAUAAACAAUACUAAAAUGUUCUUCAACAAUGAGUUCGUCAUCUAGCAUGUAGUGUCAGUAUAUAUUUUCUUUUCCUUAUGCAAGUCAAAGGCUACAAGAAAUAUACAACCUGGCAAACAUCUGCCCAAGGUUAAUUUUUAUCAGCCAAUGAAAAGACCAUUUCUUGACGAUGAUUCCUUUCCGAUAAUGAAUCUUGAAUGAAGAUCAUCUAGCGUCACCAAUGAAUGGUUUGUUACAUAUAGCCCUCGUCAACAUAAUCCUAAGGAGGAAUUGAUAUUAUUAAUGAAUGGUGAUUACGGGAAGCACUACUGUACGUAUUUUCAUAAAGCACACAAUGGUAAUUCUACUUUUCGAUUAUAUUUUAGUCAUCUCAGCAAUGGAUCAAAUUAGACACAUUGAUAACAGUGCCUUGUAUACCCUAGUUGCAGUUAGCUUUUUCUUAUUGAUGCUAUGCCUAUUGGUAGAACACCGAUAAUUCUCACAAUGCUUUCAUUAAAAUUAAAAUUAAAAUCUGGGAUUGUGCUUCCUUACAUGAAUAAAAUGUAAUUUUCUAUGCUAAUAUUAUUAUGGCUCAUUUGAACAGGCCAUACAAAUCAGGUUAAAAUGACCAAGGUACAUAUUUAAUUUGAAGCUACAUUUAGGGAUCGCCCCUCAGUGCCCUCACCCCACUCCUCCAUUGGCAAUGCUUGGUGUGAAAAGCCUAUUCUUUAUAGACCAUGUACAAACUUCUUCACAUUCAUAAUUCAAUAUUAUUAAGUUCAAUGACUUCAAUCAAGUGAGAUGCCCAAGAAAUAUUGUUAUAAAUAUUACACUAUCAAAAAGCUGUCAAGCGAAGAAAAAAUGUUGCUUUGUAAGAAAUAAAUCAGUUGCAGAGGCCAACAUCCUGUGGAAUUGUUACUGUAUAAUAACCCAACACAAAAUUUUUCUCAUGUAUUUUAUACACGAGUUGUAAACCAGCAAAAUAAACUUCCGUUACAAUAUAGUCCUGAGAUAAUGAGAUUGUACUCUCUCUUCUGCGGAAAUAAAUAGCAAUUGUGUAGUACAUACCUUGCUUUUCCUUGCUUGAUUUAAUCUUUUAGUAUUCCUGCGUUGAGAAGUAAUAAAUAUUCAAAUAUUUACGGCGACAUAAAGAAGCAAACGAUUUGAAUAUUCGCAAAUAUGAAAUAUUGCGACAGGCAAGAGUCGCGCUGCGCAAAGCAUGUUGGUACUAUUUUUACCGAACUCGAGGCGAGCUGUUUCGAUUAUAUCCUUUUAUGGACAUCGUCGUGUUUCGUUUCAUAAACCGUUGGCAGUCGUUGGUUAUUGUUCGUUCUUUCACAGUUAAUAGAAGGGGGAUGGUUAGGCUAGCGUACCACGUGACAAAAUAUGUUAUUGUCCACUUUUUAUUUUGAUCAUGUGACCAAUAAGCGGUAUCAGACGCUCAAAGCUCAAAUUAUAUUCAUGAGCGAACAUACAGCUGUUUAACGAAUACUGUGUAUUUCUUCCACUGUUUACUUCGCUGAUUCAAACUAUUAUAUUAAGAGGAGUUCUUGGGCAUAUGGGUGGCGGUAAUUGCGCCUUUUUUGGCUGUCCGACUAGCGGAAAGCACAAGCUUUCGCUGUUCAGAAUCCCUUCAGUAAAGCCUGUUGAUGGCGAAUAUACGAAAGAAUUGAAGCGAAAAGCUCGCGAAGAAUGGCUUCGCUUGAUCCUCAGAACACGGGAAACGACGGAAGAAGUGAAACAGAGAAUUGAGGCAAACAAUAUUUUUGUUUGCGAGCUGCAUUUUAAACCAGAAUGUAUCGUAACUGGUAAGUAUUUGUGGCCUAUAUUUUCGUGAUAUAUUUCUUUGUAGGGACAGCUGUUUAUACAAUAAUAUAGUCAAAUAUUUAACAUAAAGGACGCAUUGUUCAUGAAUAUUUAUAUAUUAUUUGCUACUGUAUAAACUGAAUCUAAUUUGCAUGUUAGGAAAAAGAAAAACAUUGGUUACGGGCAGCAUCCCGACAGAGAACCUGCCACAGAAAAGCCACGAAGCUCCUAGUAAACCAGAACGCCGAUCUCUUGUGAGGAAAGUUGACACUGCUGUCGUUGAAAAGCCGUCAACAUCGUCUCAGAUCGAGCCACGAUUUGCCGAUAUGGAGGAUUUUACAAAGCAGCUCGACCAGAUGACAAUUGAACCAUGGCAAAUUGACAAAUCCUACGAGGGUGAGAUACGGAUCGAGUUUUACGACAAGAGUCAUUGUGCUCCUAAUUACAGUGUUGUUGUAAAUUCAUCUCUGGAAUUCACUAUAUUUGUAUUCAGCUGGCCACUACCUGACCACCAUCUAAUUUAUAAGGAACAUAAACGUUCUAUUAAGUAUUUGGACGUACACGAGCUGUUGCAAACGAUAGAAAAUUCCAGAUUUUGCCAGGGACUGAUAGAGGACGAAGAUAUUAUGUCUGCUGCUACUAAUCCAACUGGAAAUCCUGAUCCAAACCCAGUCACAAUUGUACGCCAUACCAUUCCUAAAACGAUCGAAGUCCAAGAGGCUCAUUUUGAAGUGACACUCUUUUAUCGAUCAGUUGCAUGUGAUAUCCUUGUUGAUAGCAAACAUUCGAAGGAAUCUUGUCAACCUUGUGCAACUGCCUCUAACACAGUAAAGAGAGCUGCACGAAAGAAGAGCAAAGCCUCUGCAACCCCAGCUAAAUCUAAAGCCUCUUUACAAGCAUGUGGUCCAGACAAGUUGCGGGCGACAGUAAGAUCAACAAGAUUGCAAGUGAAAGAUCUUGAGGACCGCUUGCAGCAAAUGCAGACAAAGAUCGAGCAGCAAGGGAUUGGGAUUAGCGAAAGCUUGGAGAAGGACAUUCUCAAAAUCAUGGGAGGACAAAGCCUCGAAGCAACACCCCACAUGAAGUUCUUUUGGCAGGAACAAAUGAAAUUGUUGCAAUCAGCCAAAAUGGGUAGAAGGUACCACCCCCAAGUAAUCCGCUUUGCUCUUUCCAUUCAUGGGAAAUCUCCAUCCGCUUAUAGAGAACUACGAGACAGCGGCGCCCUUAUUCUCCCAAGUGAGAGAGUUCUUCGGGACUAUAAGAACUAUUUUAAACCGAAAGCUGGCAUCAACAAAGAGAACGUCGAAACCCUACGAGAAAAAACCUCAUCUUUCACUCCUGUACAAAGAUAUGUAGCAGUUGUUAUGGAUGAGAUGAAGAUACAAUCAAAUCUUGUUUUUGAUAAAGUGUCUGGGGAACUUAUUGGCUUCAUCGAUUUGGGUGACCCCAUGACUAACUUUGCCAAUCUCACUGAUGAAGAUCCAAUUGCGACACAUGCCUUGGCAUUUCUUGUGAGGGGAUUAUGCACUGAUUUGAAGCAUAUCAUUGCAUAUUUCUUCACAGGAAAUGUCACGUCAUUCCAUAUAAUGCCUCUCUUCUGGAGAACUGUAGCUGUGCUGGAGGUGUCCCUCAAUCUUCGUGUGUGUGCUGCUGUGAAUGAUGGCGCUUCCCCCAAUCGAAAGUUUUUUCGACUUCAUUCCAAGUUGGCCAAUGAAGUGAAUUGUGAUGUUGUGUAUAAAACACCAAACAUUUUUGCACCAUCGCGAUUCAUUUUCUUUUUUGCUGAUUCUCCACAUCUCAUGAAGACAGCCCGUAACUGCCUGUACAAUUCUGGGUAUGGAAGUCGCAGUCGUCUUAUGUGGAAUGAUGGGCAGUAUCUGAUAUUUCAACACAUAGCAGACCUCUUCUACAGCGACCAAGAUUUUUCUCUGCACACCCUCCCUAAGCUAACCUUAGAUCACAUUGUGUUGACCUCUUUCAGCAAAAUGAAAGUUAAAUUAGCAGUCCAGGUCCUCAGCAAGUCAGUCGCCAUUGCUCUGCGAGAAAGUGGAAAAGAGGAUGUCACCGGUACCGCCCAGUUCUGUGAAAUGAUGAAUGGGUUCUUUGACUGUACCAAUGUGAGGUCACUGACCGAGCACAUCAGGAAAAAAAAUUCAUUCAUCAUGCCAUAUGAGUCCUCUGAAGAUGAGCGAUUGACAUGGUUGAAGGAUGUUUUCCUCAACUACCUGGAAAGCUGGAAACAGAGUACUCUAACACGCGAAGGAGAGUACACACCCGAUGCCAGACAGAAAAUGUUUAUCUCUUCCCAAACGUAUGAAGGCCUGAAGAUUGCUGUGAACUCUCAUGUUGAUGCAAUUAAAUUUCUGCUCACUGAGGGAUUUAAGUAUGUCCUUGCAGAGAGAUUUAUGCAAGAUAUUCUCGAAGAUUACUUUGGUCACCAAAGAGAGAAAGGAAGAAGGACAGAUAAUCCAACUGCCCAGCAGUUUGGAUACAAUGAUCUGACAAUAGCUUCCCAACGAGACAUUGCUCCAGUAAUUAGAGGUAAUGUUGGUGGACGUUAUGAGAAAGUGAAAUGGCACCAGGUGAGCGAGGAACCAGUAAAAAAGCGUCAAAAGAAGUAA